CUCCGAAGCAGCCGCUUUGCUGGGUCAAAUCGGUUCGAGUUUGAAGCUGCUGGCUGCGCCAGGGCUUUUGGAUGGGGUGUCGGGAAGGUGUACCUGGCCAGAUGAAAAUAGUGGGGUGGGCUGAGAGUGGGGGGUUUGGACCCCCUGGUUUGCGUAGCCGAGGAGCUGGGAAAGCCAAAGCCGUCAGGUGCAGGAGGCGGCGCAGAUGUCUGCCCGAGAUCCUGCCGUCUGCAAACGCAUCAGGUGCAAGAUCUCGCAACAGCACUUCAGGAAUUCAUGCUGCCUGCCCUGGCUGCUGGGACCCGCUGCCCUGACUUCUGACCCGCGAUCCCGGUCUGCCUGGCUCUGCUGAGUGCCUCCUGUCCUAACCCAAAGCCCCACUCGUGGUUUGGUUUCAGCCCCUGGAGGCUUUCGGUGAGCCUGCGUGUCAAACAAGGUGGGUCCAUGUCCCAGCUCCAGAGCUCCUGGGAAGCGCACCGGCAGGACAUGGCUUAUCUCCCAGACCCAGACAUGGAGACCGUGGCUGCCAGCACGUCGCUUCCCGACCCAGCCGGCGAGUUCGACAGGAACGUGCCCCGAAUCUGUGGGGUCUGUGGGGACAGAGCCACGGGCUUUCACUUCAACGCCAUGACCUGCGAAGGCUGCAAGGGCUUCUUCAGGCGAAGCAUGAAGAGGAAGGCGAUGUUCACGUGUCCGUUCAACGGCGACUGCAAAAUCACCAAGGACAACCGGCGGCACUGCCAGGCCUGCCGGCUGAAGCGCUGCGUGGACAUCGGCAUGAUGAAGGAGUUCAUCCUGACGGACGAGGAGGUCCAGAGGAAGCGCGAGAUGAUACUGAAGCGCAAGGAGGAGGAGGCGCUGAAGGAGAGCCUGAAGCCCAAGCUCUCGGAGGAGCAGCAGAAAGUCAUCGACAUCCUCCUGGAGGCCCACCACAAGACCUACGACCCCACGUACUCCGACUUCACCAAGUUUCGGCCCCCGGUGAGAACCAGGUCCAGCAGCAGGGUGGCGGCGCGGUCCUCCUCCAUGCUCACCCAGGACUUCUCCUCGGAGGACUCCACCGACGCCUUCGGCUCCGAUGCCUUCAGCACGUUCCCCGAGUCCGUGGAGCCCCCGAUGUUUUCAAACCUGGUCCUGUCCGAGGAGAACGACGAGAGCUCCUCCAUGAACAUCGAGUUCUCCCACCUCUCCAUGCUCCCGCACUUGGCCGACCUGGUCAGCUACAGCAUCCAGAAGGUGAUCGGCUUUGCCAAAAUGAUCCCGGGAUUCAGGGAUCUGACCGCAGAGGACCAGAUCGCCCUGCUGAAAUCCAGCGCCAUCGAGGUGAUCAUGCUGCGCUCAAACCAGUCCUUCACCCUCGAGGACAUGUCGUGGACCUGCGGCAGCGCUGACUUCAAGUACAAAGUCAGCGACGUCACCCAGGCCGGCCACAGCAUGGACCUGCUCGAGCCGCUCGUGAAAUUCCAGGUCGGCUUGAAGAAGCUGAACCUUCACGAAGAAGAGCACGUGCUGCUCAUGGCCAUCUGCAUCCUGUCCCCAGAUCGCCCCGGCGUGCAGGACACCUCGCUGGUGGAGGCCAUCCAGGAUCGCCUCUCGGACAUCCUGCAGACCUACAUCCGCUGCCGGCACCCGCCGCCCGGCAGCCGCCUGCUCUACGCCAAGAUGAUCCAGAAGCUGGCCGACCUGCGCAGCCUCAACGAGGAGCACUCCAAGCAGUACCGCUGCCUCUCCUUCCAGCCCGAGCACAGCAUGCAGCUCACGCCGCUGGUGCUCGAGGUCUUCGGCAACGAGAUCUCCUGACUCCCGCCGCUGCGGGCCGGGGCGCCCACGAGUAAAGGGAUAAGUCAGCCUGGCUUCCCCGGGGAGCCCGGGCACGAGGUCGGACACGGAGGGUUUGGUUUCACACUACUGCAGCUCCUGCUUUGGCUCAUCCACGGCGGCCGAGGUUUGCUCGCUGCAGAGCGGUCACGGACCAAAAUCUGCGCGUUUUUUCCCCCACCACCUCCACCUCCACCUCCACCAGCGGCUUUUCCGCUUGCGUGCCCCCCGCGAGAGCUGACUUAUCCCUUUCUGGAUGUUUUUGAGGCUAGGCCGCCUCGAACCACUUCUUUCUGACCUGAGAAGUCGGGCUGCUUGGGAGGAGAAGCUGGGGGUUUUGCACAUCCGUGGCGCCGGGGAGCUGCUGGCGCCGGCUCCUGCUCCCCUCCGGGACCCGAGGGACCCACGCGCUCGCCCCGCUUCCCGAAGGGCGAUGCCGACGGGACGGCACACCCCAAAUCUCCGCGGGGAAACGCUGCGGCCGUGCUAAAAGCACUCCUCCGAGAGGCAAAAUGGGGAGAAAAACCGCGUCUGGGAGCAUCCAGCCGAGCUGCGAUGCGCGUUCCUAACACUACUGCCUGCCCGGGGGGAGCGGAGCUGUUGGGGGGGCCUCCUGCAGCACCCCCCCGGCCCGUGUCACCCCCUCUGCUGCAGCUCGUGGCAGGGCUGGGCUCUCCGACCACCCGCGGGCUAACGAGGCAUCGCCUUAACGAUGGAGGUGGGGGCUCGGAGGGGGCACGCUGAGGUUUCCCGUGCACCCAUACUGGGACUUCUGAGGCUGCCUGGGGCACCCCAUCCCCUGCUGUCCCCCCCCUGCCGGGGUGGCCCUUCGGGUGGGGACAGCGGGAGGGCAGCUCGGGGACGCCGGAGGCGCCCGAAACACGGAGCAGAGGCGGAGGAGAGCAGGGGGAGCCUCGGUCCCAGCGGGCCCCUCAGCACCGAGACCCAACCACGGCCGCCCCUCCGCGGGACACCGGGGGCUGGCCCCCAGGGACAGCGGUGCCACCGGCGCGGGGACGGGCGGCCGUGCACUUUAUGGGGGGGGGGGACAGGGACACAACACCGGGUCGGUUGCUGCAGCCGCCGCCGCCGCCACGUGCUGCUCUGUGC